AUGUUCGGCGCCGGACUGCAUCCCGACGAGCUUCGAAGUUUCGAAGUCUUUUCCCCAUCUACACAUACACCACUGGACCUUUCAGUUUCCUUGGGGUCAGAAAGUCUUAGUCACUUUCCACUUGACGAGCUGGAGUCCCGACUUUCCAAAGCCUUUGGCGCAAAUUCGGAAAGCUCUCUAUCUCUGAUAAUCGAGGCCCUGAAAGAUCCGACCGAUAAAAUAUCACCACUGGCUUCGGUCUUCAUACUUGCGCCCCUAAAGUCGCGCGUCUGCGAUUCGAUUGAAGAAGUCAGGCGUUUCAAAGAAAUUUUUUCAAUCGACUCCAUCUUGAGAUUUUCAAAGUCUGUCGCUAUCUCCGGCGCUGGAUUUGCUCUAGAGUCAGCUUCUUCACCUGACACUGGAUCCUUUUAUGGAUUUAGGGAAUCUGAAGAGAUGAAACUAUCAACGUCGAAAGUUGUUUUUCGAGCAGUAACAAAUGGUUGGGAGAAAUACUUGACCAAUUUAUUCUUUUAGAUGCGAAACCCCUAAAAAUACUGUUGUGUGGUCCCAAAAAUGUCGGGAAAUCAACAUACAUGCGUUACUUAGUCAACCGUUUGGUGACGUCGACGAAAAAGGAGACAGUCGCUGUUUUAGACUGUGAUGUUGGUCAGACUGAAUUUACGCCUUCCGGAAUGAUGAGUCUUACUCUGAUAAAUAAACCAUUACUUGGUCCCCCAUUUACGCAUCCUCUUGGGACGGCCAUACGAAGAGUGAGGUAAGACAUCUUUGUCUUACAAUUAUCUUAUUUCCUCUGUUUCGUAUUUUGCGAUAAUUGGUAUUAGCAGAGAGAAGCGUACAAAAUUUGCCAUCGUAAGAUUACUCAGCACAUCUGCAAUCUAGGUGCCCCCUUCUAAAUGGCGGAGCGACCUCUUUAAGGGACUCGCAUGUUAUAUACUUCCGGACUGAAGUGGUUUAACAUGCCUCAUACCUAGGUUUCAUCGUAACUCCAUGUAUUUCCUAUGGCCGUGACCAUUUCUGAUCAACUGGCCUCUGUGAUGCCGCGAAUUGUAUUUGUUCACGCCUGACGAUCUAUCAUAGCGGAUUUGGAGGGUUCGACCGAUUCUCGUCUCUGACGAUGGAGACCGAAUACAGAAGAUUUAAGUAUCUUGUGGUUUUUGGCCUUAUUUUACUAUUUCUAAACUUUUGUGUCAUGCAUCGUUGAAUCCGACCGCAAACUCUGAGGGUAAGAAUUAAGGAAACUCGCUAAACCUUAUGUGAAAGUGGUCCGAUAUACAUAAAAUCACAAGCAUCUUAUGACUGGAACGGCUUCUCAUCAUCCGGUGAGGCGCACUUUGCCCUAAAUUUCAUGGCAGGGGGACUGGCUGCAGGUGACACUUCAUUUAUUCCAUCGCCCUGCUUAUGCUUUUGUUCGCUGCCAGGCUGCAUAGUUAUGACUUAGUCUUAAAGCCGGACUUGUGACGUUUAAAUUCGACCUGGUUGUCAUAACUCAGGUCAUUCUGGUCACUGAGUUCAAAAUAUAAUUAAACUACCCAUUUCCAUUCGUAAAAGUGAUCGGUAACUUAUGCCCUUGUCGGCAUCAAUGAAUUAGCAAGCCAACUCAUCGACUGCGAGACGCAUAAACGCUAACAGCCAGUUCUUCACUCUGGCCUUACGACUGUAAUGGGGAUUACUGGGCACCACUUCAGAUAUUAAUCUUUAUAGAUGGUCACGAAACCUUUUUUAGCCCUCUUGUUCGUUGAAUAUCCAUGUACAAGUCGCAAUCACUUAUCGGUAAUUAUGCCUUUUACCCAUAUGCAAGUAAUGGGGAAGACAGGUUUCCAUGUGCCAAUAAAGGUCCAUGGCUCCGCAUUGUCUGCAGGAGGCUGACAAACAAUGGUAUUGUGCCUUUCUCCCGAAAAAUAAACAGUACUGAUUUGUAGGGGGUAGAACGGUUCCCCAUGGCCAGCGCUUGUGAAUUCGGUCUUAUAAAGGCGCAUGAUUUAGAGGGCAUUGAUGUUCCCUCUGUUUACCGAAGGAAUCCAGUAUACAUUCUUGAUGCAACCCACCGGGGGGCGGGGGGCGGUUGGCAAAUGUUAGAACAGACGCUUCAUAAUGAGUCAAAUUCUAUCUGGAUAUCCGGUGUAGUAUGCCUCGGACAGUCGUAUUUCCACCAAGCCCACCGUCCUGCGCCCAUGACAUCAUGGGGCUCUCGAUGGACAUCAUCGUUAGCGAUGGUGGGAUUGUCAUUUUCACUGAGCUGUUAUGUGCAGCCAUACUCCUUGCGACAUAAGCGCUGUGUGAAGCCAUUUCGGGAUGGUGAGCAAUAUUUGUCAUGCCAUAAUGUCUUAUUAAUCUGUUGCUUUUCCUGGGUCUGUAAUAAACCCUAAGGGAUAGCAUUGCGAACGUGUACCCUGUGACGGCUUAUGCCUUAAAGUACGGAAGCCACUUAUUUUACUGAAGGUCAUUCUACUAUUUGACGCCGUAAACGGGUUAUCAGACCGGAGAUAGGUCAACAUGCUGACCCCACCUUUUAGAUUCUAUCUUUUUGUGUACUUAAAAAUCAGAACAUCUUGCAAAAUCAGCGUCAUUCUUGAAAACUCGGCCAGGACCAAACCACCUUUUUGGGUCUGAAAAUACCUCCUUGAAGCAAAUUCUAGUCCCGUCGUGAAGUAAUACUCGGAGGGUGUGACAUUUUCUUCCAUACACGUUAACCCUUCUAAACCCGUUUUUGGCAUAUUUUUUUCAAAGUAAUUUUCUUAUUCUUCUCUUAAGACAGUGCUUCUUCGGUGAUCUGACGCCUGCAGCCAAUCCAAGUUUCUACGUGCAGUGCCUGCGAUAUGUAUUCGACGCCUAUCUACGACUUGAAUUGCCUAACUGCCCUUUGUUAAUAAACACAAUGGGUUGGACACAGGGUAAGUUAGUUUGGGACGUUUUAGUCUCAUUUCGUAUUUUUUUCUUCUGAACCUCCUGUCCAGCAAAGCAUAGACUACAAUUCCUGACUUCACAGGACUCAAAAGGGGACAAGAUGAACGGAACCAAAGUCACUCAUUAUUAGAAAAUCAGUGAGCGAAAAGUAAAAGUCAUUUGCCCGUCUAACUGUUGGAUACGGAUAUUUCACCGACGAUGGAAUGUAAAUCUUAUCCAGGCACUCUCUAAAAGUCGGCUUUUUCGGGAGGCUUCUGGAUAGGACAAUUUACUAUGCACUAGCCCCUCUCUAUGACGUAAAGAUUCCCUGUAGGUAUUUAUUCUUUUGGAUAUUAUCUGUAUAUUGGAGUACGGUUUUCGACGGUCUCGUGUUUGGAGCUGAAACACGUUUAAUGCUCCUGUGUUUCUGUCCUGGAUUGUUGCGAAUAUUUUCGUGAAUAUAAAUUAUCUAAAGUGAGAGCGCCAGUUCACAGAUCGUUCUUUUGAGAUCCUGUAUUUCACUCUACUUGCUCCUUUUUCUCAAUAAAAUUUCCUUUCGGGUUGCGUGACUCCUGUGCCAAUGCCUGUUACCCUAAUUUGUCCUUAGGUCUCGGCAUAACGUUAUUGGCCGAACAGAUAUCCAUCACAAAGCCAGAUUUCGUUCUUCAACUUUACCAACGAGGUCGGCAAGCCCAUGUGAAACAGAAUCUUCCCCCUAUGACCGUGGAAACAGUACGCUCCAUGCGGGGUUGGCCCACAAGAGUGAGCAUUUCUUAAAUCUAGGUUUUAAUGGAACCUCGGUUCAUGAAUGACUCGACUGUAUGUUAUUCCAACUGAUCUGAAUACAGCCUGGGGCUUCAGUUGAUCGAGCAACACAGGUUCUUUGCGGAGUACUGUGAACGAGGAAGGUUAUAAUGGCUAUUUCUGUUUUAUUUGUCGUUGUCAACCAGUCAGAUCCUGAAUUUAACCCCUGACCGGAGCCAGCACUUUAGCAUUUAAUCAUAAACUCACGCUUCAUAGACCCUGGUCCGGAAUAUUCGGCGCCAUGUAAAAGUGGUGUCCCCAGUCCAGGUUGGUUACAGAACGGCAUACUGGCUUUGGUGUUCCUGUAUUCAACCCCUGCGGCCGUUGACACGCUUACGAGUAUUUCCUAGUCAAGAUAUAUGGCUAUUUCUGGUUCAUUUGUCCCAGAACAACUUGUUCGCUCUCCAUUUUCGCAGUUAAGCCAGAUCAUUAACUCAUUUAUUUAGCCCCCUCAUUGGACGCAAUUCCCCCCCAAACCUCACUACCUGUUCGUAAAAUUCGCUGAAUUUUUGAUCGGUCUGUUUCAAGUCUAUCAUCCACUCCAUGGUGCCCCCUUUCCUCAUGUCCUUGAGAUUUCAUUCUGCCAUUUGACCUACUUUGCCUUUGGCAGUGUCUUUGAUGUUAUCUUCUAGUGCCUAGUAGAAGCAUUUGAACCGAUUUGGCGUUAAGUCUAAGUUUUCUGCCAGUAGAAUCAUUCCAUUUCUUCGGGUCACUGAGACGAGUGUCGGAGAUAGAAGUUGUGCUGUAACUUGCUGUAAUCCUGACUUGGUCAAGACAACUCGUCGCUAAAAUUUCAAUUAAAUUAACUUCUUUCGUACCUCAACUUCAACCUUUACUUCAAGAUCGGGAACUGAUUCGCUCUUUAUUAAAAACAUUAACCAAAACGAUGGUUGUGUUGACGACAAAGUUUAUAGUGCUGGUAGCAUAAGGGACUAGGACGACUGUGUUGCAACGUGUACUUUAGAAGUUCGAACAUCGUCUCCCUCAUAAAUGCACGCCAUCUUUAUCCUGUUCAUGUUUCCCGACAACAUGCAAGUUCGUUUGUCUAAGGACUCACUGCGAAACGGUGCCAGCACACUAUAUUGCCACUCUUGCUUUUUAGGAUCUAAGUGCAGAGUCCUUCGACUACGAGUUACUCCUCAUUCCCUCUGCGGCACAAAAGUAAUGUUUGCCUGUCUGUUAACUGAUUCAUAAUGACCCCAUUUCUGAUGGGCAAUUUCCGCUGUACUGUCUUUUCGCGACUUCAUGUUGCUGUGUCCAUUUGUCCUGUGCCAGCUUAAGGAACACUUUAUUGAAAAGGCAAAGCUGUUGGCUAGAAUCACCCCUUGCAAAUACUGCCCAAACAUGGGUCUCAAUACGUUUGCCUUCUCGUUUACAGUCCAGUGGGUGUCAGCGGCCCUCCACGUGUGCGCAUGGACUUCGGGGCGCCUGAUCACCGAGAUCUGACUUUCCUCGGCCACCUCCUGUCCGAGCUGGCUGAUGCUCCCACCUCCCUGCCCGGCUCUGGUCCUCACGGAAGACCCCAUCUCGGUCACCCUGCGUCCCAUCUACUCGAUUGCAUCCCCUACAACGUUCAUUUGGCUCAUCCUUUGGGCGGGGAUAAAUCCAGCCAGCCGAGUGCCAAGAAGAGGCCCAAGAACGAUGAACCAUCCGCAGACGACUCGUUGCUCCAGGCAGCCGGCGGGAUUGUCGAAGGUAGCCGCUCCGAGGAAUCGAGGGACGACGGCGUCGAAGCCAGUCAAGAUACCGAUGUGCAGGAGGACGCGCAGACUGCUGAGGAGGAGGAGGGGGAGGAGCCAUGGGCUCUGGCUGUACAUAUACUUCAUCCGCCAGUGGGAGUUUUUGAGUCUAGGGGCGUUAACUGCGGUUCAUUCGCCAUGGGUGCCUCCAGUUUCUCGCUUUACGACCUCCCAACCAUAAUGGCCUGUCUAAACGCCACCGUGGUCGCACUAUGCGAGGUCCCCACAGAACUUGUAAGUGUUUUUGCAUUUUCCGCCCGUUCUUUCUCCUCUCCUGAGGCAGCGUGAACAAAACAGGGGAGAUUCUUCGGAGUAUUUGGAUAUAUGGAUAUAUAUAUAAAUGGGAUUAAAGACGAAAGCAUUUAUUAAAACACACUAUGGAUGUAGGAACUUAGAUAUCUGGAAGACGCGCCUCGCCAGUUGGGGUCGAAAGACUGAUACUGCGUCCACUAGGUUAUGGUAGACGGGAUCGCCAGCCGAACAAGUUUAGCAAUAUUCCUCUCUUUCGUCUCAUGAAGUGUUCCCGCCGUUAAAAAUUGCGAACUACCUCAAGUGUGUCUGUGAGAAUUCUAGGAUGUCAGAUAUAGGGCGACCGUUAAGAACUCGAGCCUAUCCAUAAUGAAACUUUUAGGGCUCCAUGUCUCUCCUUGCUGGCCCUUUGAGGUUUUUUUGGUCUGGAUACAUAGACUUCUGCACUCCAAUUAGAGUCUUCACAAUUCUUUUCUCUUAUUCUCUUCAGCUGGUCCCUCCACCUUCGCCGGGCUCUUUGACACUAAUAUCGGACAUGCCGGUCUGUGAAUGCUACGGUCUAGGUGGGUUAGACUGAUCUUAGUUCUAUGUGUUUUACUUGACCAUUGGCUGUCUUAAUACCCAGCUGGUUCCUCCUAGGGUGUUACGAAAGUCACUCCGUCGCUUCUGCUGUUUACCAACGCAUUUUAAACAGCCGAGCACCAACUUUCCUCGUGUUGUUUAAAAGCACGGAAUACCCAGUGACUUUCUCCAAUCCCUGUUUCGCUGUUCUGUGUACUUUAGAGGUUCGCCUCCCCUGCAUCUUUAGCCAGACAAAGACAAUGCUUAUAGAGUAGUCGGACGGACCACUCAGUUAAUAGUGUCGGCGAUGGUUUCGCUUUUGCCGUUUUGGGGAAUUUCGCGUUUUCAGGUGGUAGGACACUUCCAGCUGCCACCCACAACGACUGUGACCGUUUUGCGAUACAGCAUUCGUAAUUAUUUGAUGUUCAAAUCUAGCGCCUGUAUCAAAGUUUUUGUGUAAAGCUCUGUGCCCCCCAAACGGGUCACGUGGUAGAUGCGUUGGACCAACACAGGGCCUUAUCGGAUUCUGGCAGGCGUUAUCGGAUUUGCGCACCAUAACAAAUACCAACAUUUCGGUGGCGGACCGGGUUGCCUGCAGAGGUCAUGCGCGCUGGGACCUCUGCCGCCCCCCAUCGUUGUAGUUGGUCAAAAACCUGGUAAUUUACUGUGUGGACCAGGGGGUGUGGAGUGGAGCGCCCAGCUGCUGGCUCGACCGUACCAUCCAUCUGCGCCCUCCCUCGCCUCCGGUCUUCUUGACUCUGUCUUGACACCGGGUUCGGGUGGGGUAGGAGGAGGGGGCGCGGUAGAUGCUGUGCAAGUCUACUAUCACUAUAAACUGAUUCAUGCACAUGUCACUGUGACCGCUUCACCUUGCCGAGAGCACACGGUGAACAUCGUCGGCAACGACGGUCGAACUAUCAUGUAAAGCUCUAUUUCUUUUCAGCGACAUGGACUUUGGUAAAAAAGGCAAAGAGUUCACUUUAUUGUGUUGACACGGCAGCCUGUUUCCCUCCCUGUUUUAUUUUUCUUAGAAUAUAAUUGGCCGCAGACCUGUUCAGUUCUGUACCUCUACGUAACGCUCUAGAGCAUGCCUGACACUGGGACACAAGAAUUGUUUUGACUUUUGCGUUUUCUUGUGCAUUCUAACUGUGACGGCCGCAAGGAGUUCGUUGUAGUGGCAGGCCCAUACCGAAAUGCUAUCGCACAGUCAAAAUUAGCAGGACAAUCGACUCCUUUAAGCCCCGCGGGACGAUCACAGCUGCACAUUUUCAGACGACGGGCGAUCGCACCCAGUUUCGGCGAACUCUUGUCCUCAAAUAGUUCAGUUUAACCGCCGUAAAUAUGCAGUGGUUUCAUCAUUCUUUGGACAGUGUAUCCUACUGAGACUGAUGUACGAGAAUAUCACACCCUGAACAAGCGGAAUCGGUCUUGGCCCACCUCUCUAUACAGAUGCGGUUCCGGGUGCGAAGUCAAAUAUCGUCUGCGUCUUGCUGCGCGAUGUAGGGUGGCCUCGGGUUGCAUGGAAACCUGUGCGACCUAAAGACCAGGUAGAACGUCAUUAUGACCUUUGCAGCAAAUUUGGGAGGCUGAUGAAGCAGUCGUUGCUUUCAUUUCAUCUCUCGAGGGAGCAUCGCAGUAUUGCUGUGCAUUACUUACGAUACAGUGCAGGAGGAUCUUUCAGAAGACUCUCUUGAAGUCAACUCCGGCAGAUAUGAAUAAACUUCAAGAGAUCACCUAUAGUUGGAAGUCCAGUUGUCUGUUAAAGUAAAAUAUUGGGACGCAGAAAAUGCAAAAAUUAACCAUUGCGACCUAAGAAAUAUCAUCAAAGACAAAGGGGACUGUGAUAACUUAAUGGUAGGGGGCGCUCACCGAUCGUUCAUACGGAACUCACUCGUUCCGUUGUGCCUUAAGGGCUCUCUCUCUCUCGAGCCCAACCAGCAGCCGCACAGCGGCGCAUGAUAUAUAGGCAGAAUGGUAUCACCACCGCCUACCAUUGUAUAUUCCCGAUCGAUAACCGACAGGGCGACGGGCUCAUGGCCCGGUGGGUAGAGGCGUGGACUUCUAAACCAACAGAUUGCGAGUUCGAGGCUCGGAUGUGUCACACUUCGGGCUUAGGUAUGGCUGGCUGACGACGGCUAAUAAGCCAUUCCAGUCUCCCCUGUCUUUGUCGGUGAUACCAUUCUGCCUGUGAUAACUUAGUAAGCCGUCGUCAGCCAGCCAAACACAGGCGUGGAUAACCUCAAAGUCCAACGAGGUCAUUUAUCCUCGGGCUCAUUGUCCGGUAAGUUUUAAAUCAGAGAUAUCAAUUACCAUGAAGGGAACAUUUACCGAUCUAGUUACAGUACAGAAGGUGCUCCAAUCUAGAGCAUCGUAGGCAGUCGCAUAACAACAGGUUGCCCCAGUACUCAUUGAUUCGAGUUCGCGUUGCUUCAGUACGGCUGAAAAACCUCACCUGGCAACCCCAGUCUUCCUUCACCCUGUCGCUACCGCAAUGCAACUGCUCAAGAGCGUCCUAGUUUGAAGGCCCCAUGCAUAGCGGGAUGGCUGUGUUUGUACUGUGGCCAUGUCGGGGUCGUUUCUUUGGCUUAGAUAUUGUAUUUUCGCUUUGCCUGGCAGCUUUUCGAUAAAAAAAACCUCAGAGGCGAAGUUGUUCUAAGGGAUUUUUCGAACACAGGCAUCUAUGUACUGUAAGAGCAGGGUAGAAUGUGGAUGUUUUCAGGCAUAAGUGCGUUGUCGAACCCGGACAAAAUUCUAGAUUAGGGGUGCCAUUGUGCAUGUUCUCUUGCGCGUAGUACCCUUUGGCCAGCCAAUCAUAUGUGGGCCACACAUUUGUAUAGAAUAAGUUAGACGCAAGCUCCACACGGCAUUGCAUCGGUCACGGAACUCAAUUGAAGAGGAGACUGUGGUUGGGACACGAAUUUUAUGGGUCUGACGUUUCACAUCCUCUUUCAGACCCAUCAUCGGGGACGGCAACAGUUAAGGGCACGGUAAUGGCCUGACUGCCCGCAUGCACGUUAGUAAUCCCCGUGAUUUCUUCACCGGUUUUCUGCGUGGUAGUGACUCAAGCGGUCUUAGCGCUGAAUUGGGAAGGCCCGCUAGUCUAGCCAUUUUCCCAUGAACCAUUAAUAAAUUGACAGAAUCGAGGUUAGUUGGACUGGUUUAUAGCCGACCCCCUACCCCAGUAUAAAGAUCAAUUCAAUUUCUUUCACUGACUAGAAAGUGCCCUUUUACAUAACGCCGGUCGCAGUGAUCCUACUUUUGACUUGUUUUCCGCACUUUUAGCCAUCGUGAGAGCUGUUAACCCUAGUACCGGGGUCAUCUACCUUACGACUGGUGUUGACACCGAGCUCCUACGAAGAGUAAACGCUCUCUUACGUGGCCGGAUUGAUUUGCCCCAGGCGCUGUUUGUUGAGCAGGUUGGUUUUGCCUCCUUUCUUGGUUGAAAACUAUUGAUCUUUCAUAUUGCCAUGUGGGGAAAUCGGAGUUGCAAGGUGUGACAACCGCGUGAGCCGCGAGCUGCUUGAGUCAUCGUUCUCAGGCCCGCAUUCCAUCAAUAAGCGCAAUGGCCUCCCGUUGCCGUAUUGUGCGCAGACAUUUUCUCUGGGCGGGUAAUCAGCCACGCAGGCGAAGAACAAUCCCAGGGACAGUGAACCAGAUUGUCGAGUAAUCAUCACGCCAACAUCCAACGCGGAUGACGAAAUCGCGGCCAUUAACGACUCGGACGUGGACUGGCAAGCCAUUAUCGCAUCAAUUACGCCCCACAGCGGUGAUUGCGGAAGCUGUUAAUUAUAGCACGCAUAUGGUCCCACGGCAGCUACGCACUAUAAAUACUGCACUCCUUGUGCCACCACUACCCUUGUCUGCGACCGUCUCUGAUGAUGGGUUCGAGUGAGAAGCUGAAACGUCAGGCCAAUAAAUUUCUUGUUCCAGUGAUCGCAUCUUCGUCUUCUGAAAUCAAAAGCGUCUGAGGGCGUUUUUUGUCCCUUCAAAGUCAAAUAUUUUGGCCUUGGACACCACCCUUAGCGCCGCUAAGCAUGUCAAAUUUUCGUCGCCUUUUGUCCCAUAUAUCUUCCGGGAACCCAGACAUUAGGGCCAAAUCAUACGAGGUUAACACUGGCGUUUGAUGUCCUAGGAAUCCAAGUUUUGGAUCGGAAAUUUAAAAAAAUGUCGUAAACUAGUUUUUUUCAACGUUUUUUGUUAUUUCCAAGAAUUAGUGAAAUAUUUUCCAGCCGCCUACCGAAUGGCCUAGAAGACACGCUUAGCGGCUUGCAGUUUCAAGCCAAGCUCAAAGUCUGCAGUAUUGUGAUUUUCCUUCUUCAUAGGGUUCCCCACCACAUACGAGGAACCCACUCAGUUCCACUGGUCUGGGGCACCUUGAGCUUGCUUUGGCAUCUGGAUUUGAUCAGCAGUUGUCGUGAGAUUUCCAGAAUAACUCAUUAGGGUUUUUAACACAAACCUGUGUAAAACCCGGGUGUUGCAUGCGAAAGAGCACGGCUAUAUGUGCCGACUUCUCGUCAUUUGACCGGAAUUGCAAAUAGUCCAAUUUCUUAACUGUCCUCGUAAUUUGGCACAGUAUUUCUAUCCUCACAAGGUUAGUCAAUGCUUUGCAGUCAGUUCAUCUCCCGUCUAUGGCAGUUGAAACUGUCCAAUAUCUGCAAACUAAGCAUGGACAGCUCCGAAUGAACUCACGAACUCUACUGAACACUUGGUACGGCAGUCAACAACCUGCAUGUUGUCCUAAUACCCUCAUCCAUUGGUAUCUUUUGUUUUCAAGAUCCCCCAUUUAUCUCCGCAUUAUUAGCCUCCUCCGCUAGGCCACGUGAUUUCGAUAGGAAACGCCGUCGUUAAUGCGGAGCUCACUUUCCCCAGAUCGCCACAGGCCCCAAAUUCAUAUUUUCGGUAAAAUUGGUUGAAUGUAUAUAAGAAACGUGUUAACGCAGGUGUUGCAGGAUUUAUUGGACAAUAAAAGCUCUUCUUAACUCUUCUCUAGAUUCGGCGCCGAUUGUUUUCCAGUAUAAACUGGCCAGUCCUUCGUGUUCGAUCAGUUUGAUUUCUAUCUUCUUACUAGGUAAUCGCCUAAGUCACGGUAAGACAGGUUUGUGAGUAGCGUUGUUAUGUUUGUUGUGCACCUAUUCCACCGUCAGUAUCAGUGUAUUUCAUGGAAAGUACGUGUGUGCCUUUGAAAUCCCUAUUAGCUACAUGCAGAGAAAGAAUAUGGAGAAAUGGAAAGGAAGUAACGUGAAAGAAAUACAAGGGGAAUAACAGAUGAACACAGAAUGUCAUGCGUUAACAGCAUCUAAAGGCACAUGAGCUCGGUUUGUUGAUUAAAUGCAGCAAACAGUUGAAGCACACCUAAGCUACAGGAAAAGAAGUAAAAAAAUUCUAGUCUGCAGGCAUCGUGGUGAAUGCGAGCGGCGGUGUGCGAUCUGGUCCAACAUUAAUAUAUUACACAGACAUAUGCUACUUGAAUGUUGGUAUUAGUAUCGCCAGAACACUAAAUUGUCAACGUUGGCUAUCAAGGUGGCUGUAGUCCGGCGUUAUUGACCAGCAUUGUCUGGGACGUAAGAUGAAGCAAAGAAGUAACAUUAUAGACUUAAAGAAGAAGACCCGAUAGCCGGGACAAGAGCUUUAUUAGCCUGACGUUUCGGAUUCCUGUUCGAAUCCAUCUUCAGAGACAAAAGCAGAUAAGGGUGGUUCAUGCAUAUGCGGCUGCAGUAUUUAUAAGAUGCAGUAGCCAUGAUACCGCAUACCUAUGAAUAUUCACGGCUCCCCCUCCACCUUCAUCAGAGAUCGUUGCACGUGGCGUGAUGGCCGACAUUCGCGUCGUUAAUUGCUGCAAUUACAUCACGUGCGUUGGAUGUUGGUGUGAUGAUGGCUCGACUAUCUGACGCGCUGACCCGGUGUUGGGAAGAGUGUUUACCUGUGCGCUCCCCCGCGUGGCCAAUUACUCCGCCUAGACGAAGUCUCAGCAAAGUGUAUUAAACGGGAAGAUAAUUGCACUUGUUAAUAUACUGGGGGCCAGUAAACCAUGACUCAAGCAGCCCCCGGCGAUCGUGUCUUCUUCUUCAAGACUGCUUCCUGGGACUCGUCUCUUCGCUUCUAUUGGCAUUAUAGACUUAAUUAGAGCUGGGCGAUGACAAUCGCUACCUGCAUCUCAAGGGGUUUUUGACACCCCCCCUAUUGGGUUUUAUGACACUCCAAAGUCCCCUCAUACGCUAUUUUGCCGUCGCCUCCUUUCCCCUCUAACCGCCCCCCCCCCCACACACACACAUUUGUCUACCUACAGCCGGUGCCGCGCGCCGCCUUUUCGAGGCCACAAUCUGCGCCGCAAUUGCGCCAACUCAUGCAGCCACCCUACCUGGGCCCCCAACACUCACAGGGCGCCGGCAGGACGGCGGUGAAUCAACGUCGCUACUACCCACGCGUCCAGCAUCACAACUACCACCGAACGAGUGACGUGGAACGGACCCCCACCCGUCAUUUCACGUGA